UAUUAUUUGAUAUGUUUAUCAAAAAUAUAUUUAAAUACUAUUAUGUUGGUAUUAUUGUUUGUAUAUCUAUUAUUUUUUUCUAGAUGACCAUGAGGUGUAAUAUAUUGUAUAAAGUUGGUAUAUUUUUGUGCGUGUGUUCAACUAUACACGCAAUGGAUCUGAAUAAAGUACUUCAGAAAUUAUUACUGAGAAAACAACAAACCCCCGAAGACCCCUUCAAAAUCAAUAAAGCAAUUAUCACUAGAAUAUUAGAUCAUCCUGUAAAUAUGGGUGUUGUUUAUAGAUCUGCUUGCAUGAAAUUACAAACCAAAGAUGAAAACAUUGAAACAGAUCUACAGGUACGUGCUUUAUUAAAUGUGUUUGGGGAAGAAGAAGCAGAUACGCCGAAGCGUUCUGUUUUAACUAAAUUAAAGACAAUAUGUCAAGGUGUAGAAACAGACCCACAAACAUCCUUACUAAAGACAAAGGAAUAUAAAGAUAUCAGAAACGCAUUUAAAGUGCCGGUAACUCCAAGUCUGCUGUUGAAUUUUGGCUGCCAAGGACUGAAAAGUGUCAUGCAGGGUGCUCAAUCAAGAGAUGGGAUGUCUCUAGACAGACAAGUUCGCCUGCUUUUGAAAUUGACAGAUGAUAUAGACGAAGAUGAUGAUAUUGUUCCCAUUGAUCAUAUCGAAACAACAGAAGACGAUGAUGACAAUGUUGAAUUAGGGAGACCAAAACUUGGAGAACGCUUAAUUGACUUGUGUGACGCCAUUGCCACAUGGCCUGGGCAUCUGUCUUCUAACAAUUCAUCGCAAAUGCCAUCAGGUCCUUUAUUUAAACCCAUUACUGGUAAAGAUGUAUUCCGAGUGGCAUGUAGUAGAGCUUUUAAACCAAUUGCUACUAAACCAAUGACGGAGUCGGACACAAUAAAGACCUUGAUUAAAAGAAUAUUGAAUGGAGAUGAAGAAGAAGCGAGUAAAGUUGAUCCUAUUAAUGAACGACUCAAGGAUUUCUGUCGAGCUUUGUUCCGUAGAAAAAUGCCAUUAACAAAAAUACAAAGAAGUAACAAUUCUAUCCUUUCCACCAAAUAAUAUUUAUCAAAAUGUCUCUGUUAAUAUUGUUCAUAUUCUCGAAGCAAUGGUAACGAUCACAAUUUAUUGUCAUUAUUAUGAGUUAUUUUUUGCAUUGAUAAACUGGGUUAUCUGGCCGACUAAUCAAAUGGGCUAUAGCAACCUCUGGUGUAGUAAUGGUAAUUGAACUCAACAUGCUCCUAACCACUGCUUAGGGAAUAUGAUGAUUGUUCUUGUUUGUAUGUUUAUUGACGCAAAACUUCAUUGAUUAAUUAUUGUAAAUAAAUGAGAAGGAUCCAUUAUGU